UGAGCGGCUCGGAUCCGAGAUGGGCUCGCCGCACAACUCCCGGAAAAGCUCGGGCGAGGACCCGAAGGGGAUGGUCGUGGUCCCCUUCAGAGAACACUGGCCCCGUAGGCUGCCAUGGGCCACCGUGGUGAAAGCCAUGGGCCGCUUCAAGAUGUCGCUCCCGGCGCUGCGCCGAGACCGGCUGCUGGCCUCACUCGACCCUCUAGCCCUGGAUAAAGACCGCGCGGCGUCCACACAGCUCCCCACGGCGCCGCAGGAGCUCUGGGGCGACCAGGAGCCCCUCUCCAAGAUCCCAUUUAAAAUUCUGAGAGGGCAUGAGCACGUCGUGAGUUCCUGCCACUUCUGUGUGAAUGACACGAAGCUCCUCAGUGGCUCCCAUGAUUAUGUGAAGCUGUGGGAUGCUGUGGAUGGAUCUUUGAUUCGGGAUUUUGAGCAAAGGCCCAAAGCUCCUGUGUUGGAGUGCAGCAUCACGGCUGACAGCAGAAGGUUUCAGCUUUGCACCAUGCUUCUGGCUCUGUCCACCCACCAGGCCUCCAUAUGCCAUCACAGAAGGUCGAUCUCAGCAUGUUGCUUUGACCCCGACAGCCAGAGGGUGGCUACCGUCUCCUUGGACAGGUGCAUCAAGAUCUGGGAUAUCACCUCCCAGGCCACGCUGCUCACCAUCCCCAGGGCGCACGAGAGUGCCAUCUCGAACUGCUGCUUCACCUUCAGUGGCCAUUUCCUGUGUACCACCUCCUGGGAUAAGACCUUAAAAAUAUGGAAUGUCUACACCGGGGAGUUUCGGAACUGGGGCGCCUGCGUGACUCUGAUGCAGGGCCACGAAGGCUCCGUGAGCUCCUGCUGCUUUGCCAGAGACAGCUCUUUUCUCGUUUCUGGAGGCUUUGACAGGAGCGUGGCCAUCUGGGACGUGGCGGAAGGCUACCGGAAGCUGUCCUUGAAGGGCCAUAAUGACUGGGUGAUGGAUGUUGCUAUUAGUAACGACAAGAAACGGAUUCUAUCUGCUUCAAAGGACAGAACCUUGAGACUAUGGAAUAUUGAAGAAAUUGACCAAAUUCCUUUGGUAAUCAAGUACAAGAAGACCAAGGGAUUAAAGGUGAAACAGUGUGAAGGAUGUGACAGGGCUUUCUCCACCUUCAAAAGUGACAGCUCUUCUGAAAUAUUCACCAAGUGUGUGUUCUGCCGGAGAGAGGCACAGGACUUGGCCCUGGAGACCUUACCGUCACCGGAGGAAGAGACCCAGGACUGA